AUGCCGUCUCACCGGAGACUGUUCAACAACUUCAUGGCCCGCGUCGACGGAAGCGGCUCUGCACAGCAGUCCAGGGCCGAGGACCGGCAGGACAGCCCGGCUUCGGGCCAGCAAGUCGGCAUUUAUGCGGGUCUGCCAGAGGCACAAGCUGCCGGAAGCAGCGCCGAGUUACCUACUUCUGAUGACCUCGCUCUCAAAGACACCAGUCUCCUCAAGCCCUCCUCUUCUGGCCUCGACUCGACGUCCACCGGCUCCGAGGAAGACAUCGAGGACUUCCCGACUCCAUUCCAAUCAUCGACUGACCAGUUCGGACUUGCCCAGCAAGCUCUGAUCCAAUUUCUUCGCAGCUACCGGCCCACCCCCGCCAAAUCUGAUCGCGCCGGUACCAUGGACAACCAGACGAUGGGCCAAGAUUCGGCCGAUGGCAUGCCAUCAGCCAGCUCGCUCUCCGAUACCAGCAUCAUCCUCUCUGAGGAGGAUCAUAUGCUGGACAUGGUUUAUGUGAGGCCGCGCAAACACCAGUUCAACGAGCUCCUUCGCCGAGUCACCGAGUUCAAAAAGGGCAUCCAGAUGACAGAUGCCGCUGGCAACAUCAGCUACCAUGCUUGCAACUGGGAGGCUGGAAAUCCCUCGGACGGAGCCGUAGCUCCCCUGAUCAACCAGAUCCAGGACAUGGGCAAGGAGGACCUCCUCAUGCUCGCCAAGAACCUCAUCGACAGCAACCCUUGGAUGCAGCUGCACGACUUCCCCUACACCCGCUGGAACAAGACCAGCCACAUGGGCACCAUCCUCUCCCAGGGAAACGAGAAGAGCAUCUACGUCGAGUUCCAGUACAAGCGCAUCUCUGGUGCCGACUACACCCUCGGCUACGCCUGCUCGUACGAGCCGGGCCGCGUCCUGGCCAAGCUCAAGGACAUCCCCAUCGUCACUGAGGACGACGACAACGACUGCAACAACGACGACGACAUGACCGGCAUCAAGCAAGAGCCAUCCGCCACCAACGAGGAGACCGUCGACACAAAGGGCAAAGGCGUCGACCGUUCCUCUCCUCCCCCGGCUGGCCCGACUCGCGUCCUCAGCCUGAACCUCAAGGAUGAUCCCGAGGCCGAGAAGGCUCCGGCUUCCGACGAGGCUGCUGCUGCUGCUGCAGCAGCCGCCAAGGCAGCGGCCGCCGAAGGCGAGCGCAUCAAGAAGUCCUGGGUCUACAUCGUCCGCGCGAUCGCCAUCCCCGCGCCUCCCGGUUCGUACUUCAACGCCUUCACGGGCCCGCCCAUCCCCGACCGCCGCUACACCCUCCUCGGCGAGGGCGGCUGGGUCGUCCCGCCCCUCGAGGAGCGCGAGGCCCUGCGCAAGAAGCGUGCCAGCGAGUACGCGCCGCUCAAGCAGCCGGGCUACAAGCGCACCCGCCUGCACUCGGACGUGGCCGCGCCCGCCGUCCCCGACCGCUCGGACUGGCUGCCGGGCCCCAUCUCGUUCGGCUCCGACCCCGAGGUCUGGCUCGAGGUGGCGGACCCGUGCAAGGAGGACGUCUACUGGCUCAUCUGGAACCUGCUGGCGGGCAAGCAGUACCGGGGCUUCCGCUGCGGCGUCGGCUUCGGCCUCAACCGCGACGACCCCGGCACAGACGAGUUCCGCCGCCUGGUGGCCGAGAAGAACCCCUUCACCUCGCCGUCCAUGGCUGCGCGCACCCAUUCGGCAAACUGCUAA